AAAGCUUAGAACCUUAACUGAAGCUAGAUACUCUACUUUACGCGCAUCGCGUUUUGUCGCGUGAAAUCCAUUUCUUGAACUUCUUUUUUCGUCACAACUCUAACGACCACCAAAUCGACCAAACCGUAUGAUACACACAAAUACGAUUAUCUAAUAUCCAAUUUUCUGCAGCACGUCGAUCCAUCAUGGCUCCAGGUCCUGUUGUCGAGGACGUCGACAUGGAUAUGGGUGCGCAGGACUAUGAUGAGGAUGAGGAACAGAGACUGAUCAAUGAAGAGUAUAAAACGUGGAAAAAGAAUUCACCAUUCCUUUAUGACAUGAUAUUGAGCACCGCCCUGACAUGGCCUACUCUGACUGUCCAAUGGUUCCCCGAUGUCAAAGAACCAGAGGGCAAGAACUGUCGCAUCCACCGAGUUCUGAUCGGAACACACACCUCCGAAGGUAAACCGAACCAUGUCCAAAUCGCCGAGGUUGAGAUUCCCAAAUCGGUUCGCGCUCAUUCAAACGAUUAUGACGAUGAACGAGGUGAGGUCGGCGGCUAUGGCAAAUCUCUGGCUGGCGACAGAGCAGCCAUGAAAUGGAACAUUGUUCAGAAGAUCGACCACCCUGGCGAGGUCAACAAAGCUCGUUACUGCCCGCAGAAUCCUGACCUCAUCGCCACACUAGCAGUAGAUGGGCGAAUCCUCAUCUUUGAUAGAACUAAACACAGCUUUGAACCCAACGGCAAAGUCAACCCUCAGAUCAGCCUUGAAGGUCAUAAGCAAGAAGGGUUCGGCCUCAACUGGAGCCCCCAUGUCGAGGGUGCUUUGGCCUCAGGCAGUGAGGACGAGACUGUCUGUCUCUGGGAUCUGAAGUCACUGGCAAACGGCGGCAAUACCUUGAGCCCCGCUCGUUGCUUCACGCACCACACUAACAUCGUUAACGAUGUUCAGUACCACCCCAUCUCGAAGAAUUUCAUCGGUAGUGUAUCUGAUGAUUUGACUCUGCAAAUCAUAGAUGUGCGACAAUCCUCCACCACACAGUCAUCUCUAGUCGCCAAAGAUGGACAUAGUGAUGCCAUUAACUCGUUGGCGUUUAACCCUUCUACUGAGGUUCUUGUCGCCACCGCUUCCGCCGAUAAGACUAUCGGUGUUUGGGACUUACGCAAUGUUAAAGAGAAAGUCCAUACCCUAGAAGGGCAUCAGGAUGCGGUCACCUCGCUUUCCUGGCAUCCUCACGAAGCUGGCAUCCUUGGCAGUGCUAGCUAUGAUCGACGGAUCAUCUUCUGGGAUCUUAGCAAAGUCGGCGAGGAACAACAACCUGACGACCAAGAAGAUGGCCCCCCUGAACUGUUGUUCAUGCACGGUGGACACACCAACCACCUAGCAGAUUUCAGUUGGAACCAGAAUGACCCUUGGCUAGUGGCCAGCGCUGCCGAGGACAAUAUGCUCCAGGUUUGGAAGGUCGCCGACUCUAUUGUAGGAAAAGACGAAGCAGAUCUUCCAUUGGAUGAACUUGGCAGAUGAAGAGGCAGGAGGCAAGCUUGGCAGGAGAGCAGCGACUAGCAAUUACGAUUUACUAGUGCUAAUAGUCUCACGGAUUGAUGAUAAGAUGAGGAAUUGGAAGUGUAAAUGCCUCUGCAACGAAAGCACCGAGAAGCUAAGAUACAUCCGGGGGCCAUCGUACCAGUCUAACAGAGCAAGCUAUACGGUGUGCUUCUGCUUGCUUACCAUCACCACCACCACUACUGUUCAUAAAGCCACUUGCGUACUGCCCAAAAAGAGGUUACAGCAAGUACCUGACAGUGCCCAGAACAGUUAAACGGGAACCAAGUUGCCUUCGUAAAUAAAAUCUCGUCUUUAAGCUGAUGCAAAACA